AAGCUAGCCGCCAUGUCGUCGGUCCGCUUCACGGUGACGCCCACAAAGGCCGAGGACCUCCCCGGGCUGUCCGACACGUCACCGGACAUCAGCUCCCGCCCGUCUGCCCACGUCCGAUUCGGCUCCAGGGAGAGCAUCAAUCGGAGUGACGCGGUGAGCGAGGCGUCGGCAGGAGUGAACACCACUGUGUCAGGAGCGGGAGGGAACGACACGCCGGAUCAGUGCAGCGUGGACCAAGGUGAUGGGAAUUCAAAAAACUCCAGUGUUUACAUCAACAACAGCCAUGGGAUGGACGAUGACGACUUCUACGACAGGAACUUGGCCUUAUUUGAGGAGGAGAUGGACACUCGACCCAAGGUGUCUUCUCUCCUCAACCGCCUGGCUAACUACACCAACCUGACGCAGGGGGCGAAGGAGCACGAGGAGGCCGAGAGCAUCGGCGAGAAGAAGAAACCCAGCAAGUCGCCACAGAUGGGGACGUUCAUGGGCGUUUACCUGCCUUGCCUUCAAAACAUCUUCGGAGUUAUCCUGUUCCUGAGGCUGACAUGGGUGGUGGGGACGGCUGGCGUACUGCAGGCGCUUUGCAUCGUCUUCAUAUGCUGCUGCUGUACGCUGCUGACUGCAAUAUCAAUGAGCGCCAUCGCCACUAAUGGAGUUGUGCCAGCUGGAGGUUCCUACUUCAUGAUCAGCCGCUCUCUGGGUCCAGAGUUCGGUGGAGCCGUGGGGAUCUGUUUUUACCUGGGCACCACCUUCGCUGGAGCCAUGUACAUCCUGGGAGCCAUCGAGAUCUUCUUGAUGUACAUUGUACCUCAGGCUGCAAUCUUUAAAGGCGAGGGAGCGGCCAUGUUGAACAACAUGCGGGUCUACGGCAGCAUCUGUCUCCUCCUGAUGUCCCUGCUGGUCUUUGUGGGCGUAAAGUACGUCAACAAGCUGGCCUCCAUCUUCCUGGCCUGUGUCAUCGUCUCCAUUGUUUCCAUCUACGUAGGGGCGUUGGUCUCCGCCUUCAGUAAACCUAGUUUUCCAGUCUGCAUGCUGGGGAACAGAACAAUCAACAGCCACUUUAUUAAUGACGGCGAGUGCGGGAAAAUAAAUGUGGAGAUAAAAUACACAAUGGAAAGCUAUGACAGUAACGCCACGUACCUCUACGAAAACAGCACAGCUGGACCCACCGUCGUUUCCACCGUCGCUUCUAUUGUGGAGGAAAAGACCACAGAUCUUUGGAGGGCAUUCUGCCAUAGCCCAGAGCUCAACACGACUUGUGACGAAUAUUUCAGCUCCAAUAACUUCUCCGAGAUCGAUGGCAUCCCUGGACUGGCAAGUGGCAUCAUUUCAGAGAACCUGUGGAGCUCCUACCUCAGCAAAGGAGAGGUGGUGGAGAAAAGCUCGCUCAGCUCGUCCCAUGCUGCUCCCCCCCCUGCAGCGUCUCAUCCCUACGUGUUUGCAGACAUCACCACCUCCUUCACCCUCUUGGUGGGGAUCUUCUUCCCCUCAGUCACAGGAAUCAUGGCCGGCUCAAAUCGUUCAGGGGAUUUAAAAGACGCUCAGCGCUCCAUCCCCAUCGGAACCAUCCUGGCUAUCCUAACAACUUCCCUCGUCUACCUGAGCAGCGUGGUGUUGUUCGGAGCCUGCAUCGAGGGGGUCGUCCUCAGAGACAAGUUUGGCGAUUCGGUUAAAGGUAAUCUGGUGGUGGGCACCCUGGCGUGGCCGUCUCCUUGGGUCAUUGUGAUUGGUUCUUUCUUCUCAACGUGCGGCGCCGGUCUGCAGUCACUAACUGGCGCCCCCCGACUGCUGCAGGCCAUCGCAAAGGACAACAUCAUCCCAUUCCUACGGGUGUUUGGACAUGGGAAAGCUAACGGGGAACCCACCUGGGCUCUGCUGUUAACAGCGCUGAUAGCCGAACUGGGGAUUCUCAUCGCCUCCCUGGACCUGGUCGCCCCCAUCCUCACCAUGUUCUUCCUGAUGUGUUACCUGUUUGUGAACCUGGCCUGCGCGCUGCAGACGCUGCUGCGGACGCCCAACUGGAGGCCGCGCUUCUCCUACUACCACUGGUCCUUAUCUUUUCUGGGGAUGACCAUCUGCCUCGCACUCAUGUUCAUAUCUUCAUGGUACUACGCAAUCAUCGCCAUGGUGAUCGCCACCAUGAUCUACAAAUACAUUGAAUAUCACGGAGCAGAGAAGGAGUGGGGGGAUGGGAUCCGUGGUUUGUCACUCAGCGCUGCUCGCUACGCCCUCCUGAGGCUGGAGGAAGGACCUCCGCACACCAAGAACUGGAGGCCCCAGCUGUUGGUGUUGCUAAAGCUGGAUGAAGACGCCCACGUCAAGUCUCCACGCCUGCUGACGUUCGCCAGCCAGCUAAAGGCGGGGAAGGGUCUGACCAUCGUAGGAACCGUCGUCCCAGGGAACUUCCUGCAGACGUACGGAGAGGCUCUGGCUGCCGAACAGACUUUGAAGCAUCUCAUGGACAAAGAACGAGUGAAGGGCUUCGUUCAGUGCAUAGUGGCUCAGAAGCCGCGUGAGGGAAUCAGUCACAUGAUCCAGUCCAGCGGACUGGGAGGAAUGAAACCCAACACUGUGGUGAUGGGCUGGCCUCACGCCUGGAGGCAGAGCGAGGACCCGCAGUCCUGGAAGACCUUCAUCAACACGGUCCGGGUGACCACAGCGGCCCACCUGGCCUUACUGGUGCCCAAAAACAUCUCUCUGUUCCCCAGCAACAACGAGCCUUCGACGGAAGGCUACAUCGACGUGUGGUGGAUCGUCCACGACGGCGGGAUGCUGAUGCUGCUGCCGUUUCUCCUUCGGCAGCACAAGGUUUGGCGUAAAUGCAGGAUGCGGAUCUUUACGGUGGCUCAGAUGGAGGAUAACUCCAUCCAGAUGAAGAAGGAUCUAGCGACGUUCCUCUAUCACCUGCGCAUUGAAGCUGAGGUGGAGGUAGUGGAGAUGCAUAACAGCGACAUCAGUGCCUACACAUACGAGAGGACGCUGAUGAUGGAGCAGAGGUCUCAGAUGCUCAGACAAAUGCGGCUCUCUAAAUCAGAUCGGGAAAAAGAGGCCCAGUUGGUGAAGGACCGUAACUCAAUGCUGCGUCUGACGAGCAUCGGGUCGGACGACGAUGACGACACCGACGGCGGAGAGAGGGACCGACCGGUGAGCAGCAGCACAGAGCACCAUCGGCGCGUUCAGAUGACAUGGACCAAGGAGAAGACGGCCCAGUACAGAGCGACCCACUCUGGCUGCUCCACGCCCGAAGGGUUCAGGGACAUGCUGAGCAUCAGGCCGGACCACUCCAACGUCAGGAGGAUGCACACCGCCGUCAAACUCAACGAGGUCAUCGUGAAUAAAUCCCACGAUGCCCGGCUUGUUCUGCUCAACAUGCCAGGACCCCCGAAGAACCCUGAAGGAGACGAGAACUACAUGGAGUUCUUGGAGGUUCUGACUGAAGGACUGGAGCGAGUCCUGCUGGUCAGAGGUGGCGGAAGUGAGGUCAUCACCAUCUACUCCUGAUUGGUCAGACACUGGAAGACGCUGCUCGACAGGCAGCCAAUCGGGGAGAAGUGAGCGGGAGGGGAAUGGCUCGGUCUGUGGGGGCUGGGGGGUGUGGAGCCCAUCAUGAUAGACCGCCACCGGCUGCAGCAUCGGUCGUCACGUCCAGCAUCCAGCACGCCCAGCUCCCUUCAUCUUCACUCGUUUCUGUCAUGACGGUGGUUUAUGUUCCAGUGACGGUUCACCCACUGAGAACCCAUAGCAAUCAGCUCUAUGUGUGUGUGUGUGUGUGUGUGUGUGUGUGUGUGUGAAUGACUGACCUGAGUGAUCCUUGAUCUGCUGAAGGGACCAGUGUUCGGUUUGAAGCAGGUGUAUCGAUUAGUCGGAGCAAAUAUGAAUCGGUAUCAGUCGCUUCAGAGAAGAAACUCAGGGUUGCUUUUUGUACAGAAUGUAAUCUGGACGUUUGCAGGAGUUUGAUACGUGAGGCCUAAAUGUCUGACAUCAGAGUUUUUGUUUUUUUACUCUAAAGGUUCAUAAACUGAGUAAAAAAGAACUAUUCAGUCAGAGUUAUGUGAUUAACUUCAGGAAAUCAGUUGGUCUUUUUCUUUUGUGUAUCAGAAAAUUCUCAAACUCCUUUUUUUUUUUUUAUAAACAGAAACUCGUUAUAAAGCAAAGAUCAAUUGUUUCUCUUGCACAGAUUUUAAUUUCAAUAGAUUUUGAAAUGUUCUGCUUGUGUUUUUUUAUUAAAUUUAAUUGGCUUCUGACCUGAAAAAUUGAAAAAGGUUUUAUUAAAGCAGUGUUAAUUGUGCAAAUGUUCUUUAAGAUCAGUAAGGUAAUAAAAGAAUAUUUUUUGUUAUUUAUUCCAGCAUUUAGUCUUUUAAUCUUUGUUUUAGCAGAAAAAAGAUGUCUGUACAUGAGUGAUGAACUACUUCCCUUGAAGCACAUAUCAUCAUUAAAUGUGUUUGACGGUUGGAUGCCUGCUUGGCUUUUAGUUAUUAGAUCAGAGUAAAACAAACUGUUGUUUGUUCUUCAUGGAAAAAAUCCUGAUCCAAUCCAUCUGAGGGCCUCAGAAAGACUAAAACAGGCUCUCAAACUGGCCCUUUGUAGCUCGGACCACAGAACCGCAUGUGCGUAAAGUACGGUCUGCAUUGUUCCUCAGCGCGAUAUCAUCUUUGCUGUGCAGUAUGAGCUUUAUGCCCUAAAACCAUCUCCUUUCACACCUGGAAUAACCGCUUACACGCUGCUUUAUGUGUAUACGCACACGUCUGUAUGUAAGAGAUUGCUUGUAAUUUUUAUUGUUAUGAAUCUCUCUAGAAAUGUUUUGUUCCAUUCAAAUGCUUUGUUGUUUUUUUAGUCGUUCUUGUUUUUCCACUGUUGUACAAGAGUAUGUUGAUAAUUUUUUUUUAUUGAUUAUUUUUUUUUAUUGUUUUUCUUGCUUGUACAUAAGGGCGACAACAGACUGAGUUUUACCUUUUUUAAUUACAUUAUUAUAAAA